UGUGUUUUUAGUUUACCACUUGCCAAAAUAGAUUGGGAGUGGCACCCACAAGACCACAAGUUUCUCUCCUGUCUCUCGGUGUCUUCUUCAAAGUCAAGUGGCGGAACAGUGAGUAUCUGUCAAGUUUGAAGAUCAAGCUCCAUUACCACCAGUUCCGCUCCUGCGACAAAUAUGCCAAGGACUGAAAUUAAGCCGCUUUCAGGAAAGCCAUACUUUCAUGUGGUUAUUUCAAAAUCACAUGUUAGUCCUCGAUAUGGACUGGUAAUUUCAAAAUCACAUGUUAGUCCUCGAUAUGGACUGGGGCCGAGUGGCAAGAUAUGCCAAAAACUUCCUUUUGAUUCGGUUCCUACUGUUCUCAACUGUCGUGGCAAGAGCUGGAACAUGACUUAUAAUGGUGGAAACAAAAACAAGCAGUUUGAUACUAUUGGCUGGAGAAAUUUUGUUAAAGAUAAUAAUUUGAAAGUCGGAGACGCCUGUGUUUUUGAGCUCGUGGAAAACAGUGAAGAGAAAAUCAUGUUUGAAGUUCAAAUUCUUAGAGGUGAAUUUCCUGGAAUUGAUGAGUGUGAAGAAGAGCCGUUUUUUUCAUCCGAAUUUUCUGGUACCGGUGAGAGUGAUUCACCAUAUGUCAUCGACUACUAGUGUACUAAUGCAGAAUUUUUCCUUUCUUUUUGAAACUAGCUGAAGCUAACCUUCUGGGCUUGAAUGCCACGUACCUUUGUGGAAUGGUUCAUGGUGGCAAGAUACUUUUGUUGUGGAAUGGUUAGAGCAUGGAUUUUGGUGUUAGGAUUAGGAAUAGUGAAGUUAUGCACUAGUACUGUUUUCUUGAUUAAUUUGGUGGUUAAGGUUAA